AUGUUGCCCAUACCUAUCUCACAAUUACUGAAAAGAACCUCAUCUCUUAAGCAUACCAUAGCAGUUACUCCUGCUGUAUGUAGGAGAUUGUCAACGUCAGCCGUGCCACGCUAUCCGAGGUCUGGGUCACCCUCCUCUCAUGGCCCGGUCGGUGUCGAAGCGGCACUUCUUGCUGAAUCGGAUCCGUCCUUCAAACCUAGGCCUACGCUACUGCAGAAUGAGUUCUCACUCUCAGGUCGUGUUGCAGUGGUCACAGGAGGACAACGGGGUCUGGGUCUCGAAAUGGCGGAGGCUCUUACGGAGGCUGGUGCGACAGUGUAUUGCCUCGACCUGCCCAGUCAGCCGGACGAGUCAUUUGGCGCGACGCAGAAAUACGUAUCAAAGCUAGGACUAUCCGAUAAUGCACGACUUGAAUACGCGUCUGUUGACGUAACAGACCAGAAGGCCAUCUGGGACGUCGUUGGGAAGAUUGCAAAGAAGGAAGGCCGCCUGGAUGCGUGUGUCGCUGCUGCGGGUAUCUUAGUUGCGGAGGAGUGUCUAGAGCAUUCAGCAGAAGGGUUCGAGAAGCAAAUGAAUGUGAACGUGAAUGGUGUUUUGUACACCGCCCAGGCUGCGGGCCGCCAGAUGGUCAAAUUUGGAACUCCUGGAAGCAUCGUUUUGAUCGCAUCUUUGAGUGGCAGUGUCACCAACAGGGAUCAACACUGCGUUGCAUAUAAUUCAAGCAAGUCCGCUGUUAUUCAGAUGGGUCGGAGCUUGGCCUGCGAACUCGGACCGAAGAACAUUCGUGUGAACACUAUCUCACCAGGCAUGACGAAAGCCUUUCUCAAGUCUCAGCCAGGACUUAUCGACUUCUGGGCGGAUAUGAACCCACUUCGUCGAGUUGGACGACCGGAUGAAUUGCGGGGUGUAGUCACCUGGCUUACUUCGGACGCAUCGAGCUUCUGCACCGGCAGCGACAUCUUAAUUUCUGGCGGUCACCAUUCGUGGUAG